AUGAAAAUAAACGCAAAAAGAAUUCCUGGCAUUGUAAAACAGGAUCGCUGCAGAAAACCAAUGAUAACUAAACAACAUAUACAAGCAGAAUUUCUAGCUAAACAUAAUAAAAGAAAGCUCGAAGAAGUUAACGCUAAAAAUGUCAGAAAGAAUUCUGAAAAGAAGGAAAGUUUGAAUUUUAUUGUAAAAGACAAAGUUAAUCCUUGUCAACCAAAGCGAAAACGUGACAAGGAGCCUUACAUCAAUCUUUCUGAUUCAUUCUUUAAGUCGUUCAGUGGUCCAGAACUAUCUAUCUUUAAAAUACCUAAAGAACCAUUAAAAAACAAAGCAACUGAACCUUCAAAUUCUGUUGCACAAACAACAAACACGACAAUGCUUUCAGUAAGAACUGAAGCAUUCAAACCGAACAUUGCUUCAACGCCUUUAGACAAAAUUCAACCAUUAAUAAGCGAUCCCGAUGACUUUAUUGGAGUUUCUCGUGAGAUGCUAGUAAAUUCUAAAGAUGCACCAACGAAACCAGAAAAGAAUGAAAAUGUGCAAAGCAAGAAAAUUAACUUUUUCAAUUUCAUUGACAAAACUGCACAAUGGAUCAAUGAACAAUGUUUCUCACAUAUUCCUGACCCGAUCAAUGAAAUUUAUGAAAAACAGAAGUAUAAUGAGGCUUUAUCUCCCAUUGCUGAUUCAUUAUUUGAGUUGUCACCUCAAGUUAGUGAUUAUUCUCAACAUAAAGCACAUCAAAAAACAAAAAAUGAACUUCCAAUUCCUGUUUUUUAUGAUACAAACGAUAAACCUAUAGAAGAAUCAGAUGAUAUCAAGAACGACACUCUCAAUCUUUUUGGAACAUCUGUGGAAACUCGAAAAGAAAAUUCUUGCAUUCAAAAUGAUCUCGAAGAACUUUUCUCAAAAGAUAUUUCAUUUUUCAAUUCACCACCGUCAUCACAAGAUUUAAGCUUUGAAAGCUGUUCAUCGACAAGAAAACUUUUUGAAAGUCCUGAGAAUUCAACAAUUUUUGCAACUCCAGGAAGUGUUUUUAAAUUUGAAGACGAUGAUCCAUUCAAGUUCUCGCCUGAUUCCACAUUUGAUAACUUUUUUGAUCUUCAUUCAAAUAUCCCGAAACUUGAUAACACUUUUGCCAUCUUUCGAUCACCACCAGAACAAAGAAAAAGCCAAUUUCGAUCUCAAAGAUUAGAAAAAGAAAAAUCUAUUGAAGCAGCAAAAGAUUCGUCGCUAUCAACUUACAAGUGGACACCAAACAUUGAAAAUGUUACAUUAACAGAGCAAUCAAUUUCUUCAGCUGAUUUUCCUUUUUCACCUCGAAAUAUAUUGAAAAAUUCUUUCAAGUUAUUCUAA